GACUUUACCCUCGCCGUUAAAAUGAAGUUAAUUUUACCCCUCCCGUUACUAAUUUCACCAAAAUUACCCCUCAUUUAGACGGAAUCCCCAAAAUUGAUCCAAAUUGACCCAAUUACCCGAAUUUUAAAAAAAAAAACCCUAUUCCCUAUUUUUAACCCAAUGACCCGACCCCCUCUAGGAUAACCCGGUACCAAUUAACCCAAUUACUCAUUUCCAUUUACCCAUGCUCUCUCUUUAGAUAGUCUCAUUUUCUCCCAAAUUUACCCAUUAACUUCUCCUCUGAUUUUCUACAGCGAUCUUGCUCAACAAAUCGAUUUUUCGCCAACGAAAGAAAAUGUCACAAAAUAGUUAUUCGUCUCAAAGAAAAUGUUCUUGUGGUUUGGUGGUCAAAACACUGAUUUCGAGUACUACAUCUAAUCCGGGAAGAAGGUUUUUCCGAUGUCCUCGUCCAGAUUUUUCUUCAUGUGGAUAUUGGGAAUGGGAAGACCAAGCUUUUCCUGAAGUAGCUUACCUACGUAAUUUAGAGUCGUCGUUGAAAGAUGUCAAGAUGGAAAUGGAUAAUUCGAAGAUUGAAGUGGAGAAUUUGAAGAUUGAAAUGGAGAACUUGAAGAUUGUUGUGGAAAAUUUGAAGAUAAAGGUAGGUCAUUUGUCGGAAACAAUUGCUACAUUGGAGGCAUCGAAUGAUUUGGUAGUGGAAAAAGUUAGGAUAUUUCAAGACAAAUAUCACAAGAUAAAGUACAAAGUUAUGAUUUCAUGUUUUCUUUUUGUUGGAUUUCUAGUUGCAUUAACGACUAAGUGACUUCCUUUGUUAGUGUUUACUUUCAGCAUUAGUUGUUAGUGUUUAGUGAAUUCAGUUGUUAGUGUCUUUUGUGAUGUUGGUUCCCUUUUUGUUCUUCAUUUUGGUGUUGUAAUAGAAGGACCUUUUUAUUCUUCAUUUUGGUGUUGUAAUGGAAGGACAUAUGCAUUGAUAUAAUAUGAAGUAAUGUUUAGUAGUUGAA